CACCAUUUCCGUCAACGCGCGUGCUCCGUGCGGGAUGCUGAAUUGUAGGUGAUGAUGGCGGAAGGGGAGCUGCGCUGGGUUUCGUCUGAGUUUUUACAGCCGCUGUAGAACCAUCUACAACAUCGUUUCUCUCCGUCGAGACCUUUCCCGAGGCGAUGGGGAACGAGGCCAGUAUGGAAGGGGAGGGACAGGCGGGACAGCCCGGCCCCGCCGUCCCUGCAGCAGGGGCUCCGGCUUCCAUUUCAGCACCACCGGACUCUGGACAGCUCAUCAAGCCGAGCAAUGGAGCGCCAGCCGGAGGAAGUGGGGCUGGACCCCGGCCGGGGAUUAACAGACCACCUCCGUCAGACCUGGGACCUAAAGCAGGAGUUGAGAGUGGUCAUGGGACAGGGGACAGAUUGGCCUCCCACGACACCCAUCAGCAAAAAGGAGAGCAGGGCCAGGGCCAUGUGGCCAGGAAGAGUCUGCAUGUGGAUGUGGGUAGCAACAGAACAGGAAGGUCCCCCUCCGUCUCCCCGGACCGAGGCAGUGUCCCCACAUCCCCUUACUCUGUGCCACAAAUUGCACCCAUGCCGAGCAGCAAACUGUGCCCCGUCUGUAAAACCACCGACCUGACGGGCACAGGGGAUGACAAGCCGAACUUCAACACCUGCACACAGUGCUGCUCCAUGGUGUGCAGCCAGUGUGGCUUCAACCCCAACCCUCAUCUCACAGAGGUUCAGGAGUGGCUGUGUCUGAACUGCCAGAUGCAGAGAGCGUUGGGGAUGGACAUGACCACACCACGCUCCAAGAGUCAGCAACAGAUACACUCUCCUUCUCAUGCAGCCAAACCAGAACCUAAACCUGAUGCUUCGACUCAGCCUGCACCCCAGACACAGCCCCUUCCUCAGACGCAGCCUCCAGCUCAGGCCCAGCCUUCAGCACAGGCCCAUCCAGCACCUGGUCCUAACAAACAGACUGGUCCAGCUGGCCCAGGUCGGCAACAAAUAAAGCUCCCUCCAGGGGCAGUUGCUCUCCCAGGCAUGGCAAAGGCCCCGUCUCAGCCGGAUCUGUCACGCAACUCUCCCGCCAACCAACCACAUCAACCCCACCAGGACCAGACUCGCAGUGCAGGGAGUUCCCCUUCACGGCAGCCCCCACCUCCGGAGCAGACUUUUGGGAAAUUGUUUGGCUUUGGUGCUUCUCUUCUUAACCAAGCCAGUACUCUCAUAUCUGAGACUACUCAACCCCAACAACAGCCCCCCAAAACGGCCCCCAAACCAGGAGGACCUCCUGGUGCUGGGCCUGGGGUGAGUAAACCCUCAGGUCCUCAGCCGACACUACAAGGGCCUCAAGCCCCUGCUCAGCGGCAACAACAGCACGCUCCGCCAGACUCCUCUAAACCCAAAGCUUGCUGUCCUCUCUGCAAGACAAACCUCAACAUCGGCAACAUAGCAGAACAACCCAACUACAACACCUGCACACAGUGCCAUCACCAAGUGUGCAACAUGUGUGGAUUCAAUCCCACUCCACACCUAGUCGAGAAGAAAGAAUGGUUGUGCUUGAAUUGCCAGACGCAGAGGGCUCUGUCAGGAAGCUUGGGAGAUAUUCCAGCUCCUGGUUCACAGCCCUUGGGAUCCCCCCGGCCACCCACUACAGCCAAUCAACAACAACCUCAGCAGAAAGGGCCAAAUCAAUUUUUAGGGCCUAGGCCCACAGGUCAUCAACAACAACAGAAACCACCGGGUCUCCAAGUAAGUGGCCCUGUCUCUUCUGUGAAACAUGCUGGGCCUGCCCCUCAUACCAAGGGGCCCAGCCAAGUUUCCCCUCAAACCAAGGGUUCUGUCCAAACUAUUUCUCAACCUAAGGGUUCAGCUCAGCCUCCAUUCCAAACUAAGGGUCCAACACAGCUCUCAGCCCAGAGUAAGGGACCUCAAAUUAAAGGUCUUAAUCAAUCACCUGCUCAGAGUAAGGGCACUGUUCAGUCUGCUAAUCAAAUAAAGGGCCAGAGCCAGGUCAAAGGGCAGACUCAGACAAAGGGGUCUGCUCAGCCCUCUGCUCAGACGAAGGACCCUUCUCAUCCUUCUGGUGCCAAGGCCACCCCUGGUAAAGUCACACCCAACCAUACCAAGACCUCUCCCACCCCAUCAAAAACAGCACCCACUCAGUCUAAACCCACAGGUAACAACCAGGCCCGCAAACAGCCGCAGAGCCAGGAGAAGACCAAAGUCACAUCCAAAUCUCUAAAAGAAGACAGCAAGGCCUCUCCAAAGAAGGCAUUGUCAGAGACUGUCACUUCACCAAAAGACAUGAAGAUUUCUGAAGAUACACACAAGUCAAAACACCAUGAAGAUUACAACAAAUCAAGUACACAGAGUCUAAGUGACACUGGAUACUCCUCAGAUGGGAUCUCCAGCUCUCAUGGGGAGAUUACAGGACAGAUCCGGGAAGAAGGAGUCAAACUCAGUGAAAGAGGUGCUUCCUUGCCCUCAGAAAUCACCAAGCUGGAAAGCUCCAUGAAGCCUUUACUAGAGUCAAAGAUGGCAUCAGACCAGAAGCACAGGCCACAUUCACUGUCUGUGGGACAGGGUCGAGACUACAACCCUGAUGAUGAUGCAGCAAGGGAUGAAUCAGAGGAUGAACUAAGUUGUAAGCUUCGCCAUGAUUAUGUGGAGGACAGCAGUGAAAGUGGUCUCUCACCAUUGCCUGUAAGACAGAAGAAGUCACAUAAAGAUGUAACAGAUGAGGAAUAUAUGAGGAGGCAAAUUAUUGAGAUGAGUGCAGAUGAAGAGGAGAUGGAAGAGCAUGGAACCCAGAAGACUAGAAGGGGAAAUAAAACCAGUGGGGAUUUGAGCAAAGAGAGACGGCGACUCUCUCAUCAUUCUAAUAGUUUUGAGGAUGACACCAAGACAUCAGAGACAAAUGAAGAGGAAGAUGUUGUAAUGGCUGGAGGCCUUCGUCGUUUUAAGACCAUUGAGCUGAAUAACACCAACAGCUACAACCGAGACAUGGAGCUAAGUACUGAGCAUGACCUGCGAGAACCAGAGCUAGAAAUGGAAAGUCUGACUGGUUCUCCCGAGGAGCGGUCUAAGGGAGAAUAUUCUUCCACCUUACCUGCCACCACUCCCAGCUACACCUCUGGAACAUCCCCCACAUCUGUGUCAUCCAUGGAGGAUGACAGUGACAGCAGCCCUAGUCGUAGGGCAAGACUAGAGGAGGCAAAGCAGCAGAGGAAGGCUCGACAUCGGUCCCAUGGUCCACUUCUUCCCACUAUUGAGGACUCAUCUGAGGAGGAUGAGCUCAGAGAGGAGGAAGAACUACUUAGAGAACAGGAGCAGAUGAGAGAUCUAGAGCAACAGAGGAUCCGGAGUACUGCUCGAAAAACAAAGAGGGAUAAAGAAGAGCUACGGGCACAGAGACGUCGGGAGAGAUCCAAAACUCCCCCCAGUAAUCUCUCUCCCAUUGAGGAUGCAUCACCUACAGAAGAGCUGAGGCAGGCUGCAGAGAUGGAGGAGCUUCACAGAUCAUCAUGUUCUGAAUACUCACCAUCUAUGGACUCAGAGGCAGAGGGCUUUGAGAUGAUUGGUGGAAAGCUUUACAAAUCAGGAAAUGAAUAUAACCUUCCAACUUUCACAUCACUCUACUCCCCAACAGAAAAGACAUCAGCAACAUCACCAUCUGAUAAAACAUUAAAAAGUGCAGAGGAGGUCUAUGAAGAGAUGAUGAAGAAAGCACAGCUAAUGCAGAGGCAAGGGCAUACAACUAAUCAGCAGAAAGGUGCCUCUCAGCCGGACAGUAAACAUCAUCUUGAAGCAGGAACUGUCCUAACCCCGGGCUCAAGCCCAACACAGGUUGCUGCACCUAUGUCCUUCUCCACAACUGGGAAUGAUCCAAGAAUUCCAGGAAUUCAUGCAGCACAGCAUCUAUCAAAAGAAACACAAAAUAGGAUAAUGACACAAAGUGCCAAAAUUGAAGGUGUUGUUGGAAUUGCCACGACCAAAGCCCAAGUCAGUCAGACUGCCACAAAUCGCCAGGCAGGUAGCACAGUGCCUGCUAGCAACAGAGCAGGCUCCCAGAAGCCAACACAGGCAUCAUCUGACCCUGGAGCAUCCUCCCUAACCUCCAAAGUCUUCUCCCUUUUCAAAAGUCCUAGCCCCUCGGCCUCCCCCACUGCUUCUCCAGUACAAAGCCCAACACAUACGCCAUCCCUUAGACCCACUGGUGGUAGUGGCAGGCAGCUACCAUCUUUGCCAGGUGUUCCUACAUCAGCUGUAGCAUCCCAUGGAGCGCAGGCGCCUCAAAGGGCAAUUUCGCCACGUCUUGCACGACAGCAAUCUUCCCAAGAUUCACCAGUAAUGGUGAUAACACUAGGCUCUGAUACAACUAGUCCUGCCAAGCCAAUUACUGUAAAUUCUUCUACUUCCCCUUUGUCAUCACCAACACAGGUCAGUUGUAAAACGUUGUAUAGUUCCCAGCCCCCUUCGACUAGUUCCCCAACAUCACCACAGAUGCAUUCAUCACAACAGUCUCCUAAACGUUCCUUACAGAUGGCUCACAAUUUUGAAAAAGUAAAUCUUGGUAGUAGCACUGUGACCACAACUGCACAUAGUCGUGGAUCUAUAGAAAACAUAUCUCUAUGUAAAAUGUCAAAUAUUCCAAACACUAAUGUGGUGGAUCUAAGAGCCCCAAUGAGGCCGGCUCCAAUUAUAAUGACAGACCAGGGAAUGGACUUAACAUCCCUUGCCACCGAUACAAGGAGAUACUCUUUAGGAGCAGAGCACCCAUCUGGUCGACAUACAGCAGUGCAACCUCUCAUUAUGAACCUGAAUUCACAAGAGCAACCGCACAUAUCUGUAUCAACACCGACCACAGUUAGUGUCACAGUUGCAGGUUCUAUGUUUAUGUCCCAACCCAAGCAACAAGUUGUAUAUGGUGAUCCUUUGCAAAACCGUAUGGAUUUGGGACAGGGUGUUGGAUCAGCUGUGUGUUUAACCCAGAGCAAGCCACCAAUUACUGACCCAUCGAUUCCCAAAAUUGAUGCCUGCCUGGAGAACCUGGGUAUACAACAGCAACAACUGCAGUUACAGCAACAGAAGCUCCUGCAGCAGCAACAGCUUCUUGAGCAGCAACUCCAGCAGCAUCAUCAGCAAUCCUCUUUUGCUCGUUACAAUUUAGCUAAUCAGGUCCAGCCACUGCUGAUGAAAAAAGAUCUUGUAGUGAGCCAGACAAGUAGUGCCCAGCCUGCAGUGACUGCAAGUGCCAUUUCUAGAGUAUCUCCGCUGACUUCACCAUCAGUGUCUGGUGCUCCUGCUUCCAAUGCUGCCCAUGAAGUCUAUGCUGGAGUUGCCUUAGAGCUAAAAAACAAGCCAACAGUUAUGAACUUGUCCACAGGUAAGCCCCAUGUUAUGAUGGUGCAAUUAGAUGAAAGUAAUAAAUCACAGGGGGGCACAGUUACUCAACUGGUUACGCGAGAGGAACCUCCUCCCCCACCUCAGGUUUUGGAUCUCACUGGACAGAUCAAACCAGAAAACCAAGUGGCUUGUUGUGAUGUUGUUUAUAAAUUGCCCUUUGCUGGUUCCUGUCCAGGGUCAUUCACUCAGAAGCCUACAACAGUAUCUUUAGAUAAAAACCCCAUUACUGAAACCUCUCAAGCAGCCCACCCUGCCCAUCCACCACACUACAAUGUCAGCCAACAACAACAACAACAACAUCAACAACAACAACAACAUCAUAAUCAACAUCAUCAUCAACAACAACAGCAACAACAACAACAGCAGCAGCAAUAUCAACAACAACAACAACAACAACAACAAUACCAUCAGUCUCAAGGAGUGACAGAGGAACAUAAACCAUAUCAACAACCCACAGUCCCCUCAGGAAGAAUUCAGCCCUCCAUGUCUGAUACUAAUCUACCCUCCAUGACUGAUGCUGGUCACUAUCAGAGUAAUGCCCAGGGGGGGCUGGCAGUAGAUCUUAGCAGCGUGAAUCAGGCUUAUGAUAGUGGAUACCUUGGAAUUGGAGCACAGUAUGGAUCUUAUACAGACUUGCGUCACCAAGGAGAUGUUGCAGGCCCUUCAUUACCCCUUCGCCGAUAUGGUUCCAUGUCAAAUAUCAAUUCUGACUAUGCCUUCACUUCACGUGACCUAACAGGACCACAGGACUCCAAUCUGGCGCAAUACAGUGCAACCACUGCCAGGGAGAUCAGUCGCAUGUGUGCAGCUCUUAACUCUGUGGACCAGUUUGGGAGCCGUUACGGAAAUAACCCUGAACUGGUACCAUAUGGGGCUGGAAGGGGUGGUCCCUUAGCUAGGCUAAACCUCCAGCAAAGCUUAGCAUCAAUAAGAGCAAAUCUACUGUAUGGCCCAGAUGGAAGAGCAACAGCAAAUGGCCAAACCCUAACAAAUCUAAUAAAUGCUAGACAAGCAAGUAUACGGGCCUUGUACCCUGCUGCUAUGAGAGGAGGUGAUGGCAUGAUAUAUUCCACCAUCAACACUCCCAUAGCCUCCACCUUGCCAAUUACCACCCAGCCUUCCUCUGUCCUUCGCCCCAUCCCUAGAGGAAUUUACAGACCUUACCCUACAGGUGUAACUCCUGUACCAUUGGCUAGCCUUACUAGGUUGCCUCAAGUGACUCCCAGAAUGCCUCUGUCCACGCAGGGACCAUAUUCCUACCCCACUCCAAACCAGUAUCCUACUUCAGCCACACCAUCAGGAAGUGUGCCUGAUGCAAGCAGCUCACACCAGGAAACUCCUAUGUACCUUGGAAAGCCUUUAACAACAGUUGUUGCUCAAACAGCUGCAACCCUUGCACCCAUCCAAACAGGAGCACACUUAGGAGCACAAAAUGUACCACCAACUGGUAUACAAACCAUGUCAGAUCAACAGAUAGACCGCUCGCAACUUACCUCACAGAGUGUUACGCCCCCCUCUCAAGCUCAAGGUCAUCCUCCAACUGUUCAGCCAUUGCAGAAUCAAAUGCAGCUACACCAGUUACCUACUCAAACUGAACCUUUAUCUUUGACUCAAACCCAACCUCAAGUUCAACCCCUCAGUCAACCUCAACCAUUAGUUUUGCAACAGGGUCAGCCACAAGAAACAUCACACUGCACUGCCCUAGCACCACAUUCCAAACUUUCUCCUCCCAUGGAACCCCAGAAAUCUAAGGAAGAUGAGAGACUGAGUCAGCAACAAGAGCAUGUGUUGCAGCUAGAGCGAGAGCGUGUUGAACUGGAAAAAUUACGACAGUUGCGCCUACAUGAGGAGCUUGAAAGAGACCGUAUGGAGCUUCAGCGACACAGAGAAAAAGAACAACUAAUUGUUCAGCGUGAGAUUCAAGAACUGCAGACAAUCAAACAGCAAGUCCUACACCAACAGCAGGCAGAGCGGGAGACACAGCUCAUUAUGCAAAGAGAACAACUGGCCCAACAGAGAAUGCAGCUUGAACAAAUUCAGUCUCUGCAGCACCAGCUUCAGCAGCAGUUGGAGGAGCAGAAAAGGCAAAAGACAGCAGCAGUUGAGGCAGCAGCUGCUACUGCAGCAGCGGAGGCAGCAGCAGCGGCAUCAGCAGUGGCGGCAGCAGCAGCAGCAGCAACAUCUGCCCAGGGUGCUAUACAAGGGGUAGUUGUUGGAGGAGGGCACCCUCAAGGGUUCAUUAUUUGUGACCAGAGUGGUAGAGUUAUUCAACAAGAUGGACAGAGUGUUAAAUUUUGGCAGGAUGGGCAAGUAGUCCAAGCCGUGGUGGCUGCUCGACCUAUUCAUAGUUCUGCCUCUGAAAUGUCAUUGAGAAGCAGUGACAAACAGGUUGAUUCCAAGAUUAUGAAAAAGCAGAAUUCCAUGCCUCGGCUGAGGGAUGGCUCAGAGGAGGACGCUGGGAAGAGGAUUACAGACAGCUGUGUGCAAACAGAUGAUGAAGAUGGAGAGGACAGAUUCAUGAACAGGCGCAGGAGAACAAGGCGAAUUGCGGACUGCAGUGUGCAGACCGAUGAGGAGGACCAGGGAGAUUGGGACCAGCAGCCAGUGAGGCGCAGGCGAUCACGUGUAUCAAAGCACUCUGAGUCCAGUGGUGAGGCUAAACCAGAAGGGUCCUUUAAAGUGGCUUCUGCAAGUAUAGCUAUUCAGACCACCAAUGAUUCAUCAUGCCAAACAGAGCCUGACCAACUUAGCAGGAUCUCGCCAGCUAUCCACAUAACCAUGGCAGAAACCUCAAAGGUUGAUUUAUUACAUUACAUAGCGGCCCCUGAAAGGACCCACAAAGGAGAGAGUCUGGCUUGCCAGACAGAACCAGAGUCUCAGUCUCAGGGUGUGGUCGUCCCCCAGCUGAGUGUCCCUACAACUAUUAGUCCGUACUCCACAAGUCUGCAUAUAGUAGGUGCAAACACAACUGAUCCAACCUCUCCUCGACUCCAAGGAGUUGCUAAAUUUGAGAGAAGAAAACCAGACCCCUUGGAAAUUGGCUAUCAACAAAAUGAGUCUCCUUCUCGCCAGCCCCCCAAAUCUCCCCAGGUGCUAUACUCCCCUGUAUCUCCAUUGUCUCCUCAUCGCAUGCUGGAGACAACAUUUGCCUCCCAGGAGAAACUUAACAAGGCCCACGUUACACCCCAGCAGAAGGCCUUUACUGCUGAAUCACCCCAGCGCCACCAGACCCUACCAAGACCAAUAAAAAGUGUGCAGCGCUCCAUGUCAGAUCCCAAGCCUCUCAGCCCAACAUCAGAUGACCCUGCCAAGAACAGGUUCUCCCCAUAUCAUCAGCAAGCUAUGUCCAACAGUCAGAUGGCCUCCCUGCAGCAGCAGCAGAACUCUCUGAUGAGGAAAAUAAAGAGGACUCUCCCCAGCCCCCCUCCAGAAGAGACUUCGCUCCCUAUUGUUACUCCAGCACAAAUGUACAGCUCUCCUGGCAUGCCCCAGAGGGUCCUACCCAGACCUGCCCAGGGAGUCACCAAGGCUGGCCUACUGAGUGAACUGAAAGCUGUGGAACAAGAGUCAUCAAAGCUCCGUAAGCAGCAGGCUGAACUGGAGGAAGAAGAGAAAGAGAUUGAUGCCAAGUUACGUUACUUGGAGCUUGGCAUCACCCAACGCAAGGAGACCAUGGUGAAGGACAGAGAGAGGAGAGAGCUGGCUUACCUGAGAUGUAUGGGUGAUGCUCGGGACUACAUGUCUGACAGUGAGCUCAAUAAUCUCAGGCUGGUAGCUGCAACAGGAACUUUUGAUGCUAAUGGUCUGUUGACAAGGCCCAGCACUGCACCAUUGAGCCAAUUUACAAAUGAUCUUAAUGUUGGCUCCCAGUAUCCCUCAACCUCAUCAUAUUUGUCUUAUCCAUACCCUCAAAGUCAACCCUCAACACAGCAACCAGGGUCUGCUUACCAACAGAUAGGUUUCCAACCUCCUCAGUACCCUUCAUCCUCUGCACCCCAGCCAGGAACAUUCCAGCCCCAUCCCCCACCAGGCCCAGGCUACCAGAGCCAGGGAACCUAUUCCAGUCGCAUGUAUACCCAGUCUUCCUACCAGACAGACCUUGGCAUGCAGCAGCAUGGUCACCAGGGCUUCCAUCCACCUGGUCAGCCUAUGCCAAACCAGAGCCUUCCUUACCCUAGCCCCUAUCAAACUGGUCUCUCCUAUCAGCCCCAGGCAGAGAUCCUUACAGUCCAUCAAAGACCACGGCAAACCUCUUUGGCUGACCUUGAGCAAAAACUCCCUACCAACUAUGAAGUCAUCAGCAACCCAGCUGUGUCAGUGGCCACAUCAGCUCCAGAUACCAACUUUGGCUCAGUCUACAGCAAUACUUAUGGACAGUACCGCCCCCCAGAGCCCGGGUUGACUCACUCUGUGGAAAGUCCCACCUCUGCUUAUGCUUCAGAUGGACUCUACACUUCUAACCUGGAGCAGAAUAUUCCUAGGAACUAUGUCAUGAUUGAUGACAUCAGUGAGUUGACAAAAGACAACACUAGCCAAGCAACUGAUGCUCUAAGCCAUCCUGUAGGAGGGCGGUAUCGCAGUGAGAAUGGCCCUGCACGUGGAAGUGCCUACGGUAGGCCUGAAGAUGAUCCUUUGGAUGCUUAUGGCAGACCUACAGGAACAACAGGGUACCAGAGUGCAGUGGACAGUCGCACCAGCACCACAGGAAGUGGAGGCUCAUCCUAUUACUAUGAUGAUUAUAAACAACCAUCACGGAGCAGCUCCAGUGGCCACAAACUUGCACCCAAGAAUCUCGCCCCCGCAGUAGUUUCCUCUAAACGUAGUAAGCACAGGAAGCAAGGAAUGGAGCAGAAGAUUUCUAAAUUCUCCCCUAUUGAGGAAGCACGGGAUGUAGAGUCUGACCUUGCCUCUUACACAAUGACCACAUCAACAGGAGGCAGCUGUACAGUUGUGUCCAGAGCCAAGAAGCUUCAGGAUGAUGUCACCUACGGAGUGAAGAAGAAUGCAUAUGAUCAGCAGAAAUAUUAUGGCACCAGUCGUGAAGGUCUUGAGGAGGAGGACCGCAUGUACAGCUCUGGUAGGUCCAGGUCUACUGGAUAUGGUAUGGACAAGAUUUCCUCCAGAGAUGCAACAGGCCACAGAAGUAAAUCCUACGAGAGGGAUGCCAUGGAGCGGUCUCAGAGAAGCAGCCGCAGUGGAAGGCCUCCCAUGCGCAGCCAGAAUUCAGAAGAGGAGAGUCCACUCAGUCCUGUUGGGAAGCCUGUAGGCAUGGGAAGAAGCUCUGGCAUACCAGAUGCCCAUGAUGCGAGGAAUCAGUAUGGCUCGAGCCAUUCGUUGCCAGAUGUGCAGGACCAUCACAAGAAGGACCUGCCCAGAAGUCAUGUAUAUAAACCAGAUGACCCUUACCUUGUAGAUGACAUGCACUGUGCUGUUUCAGACAGCGAAGCCUAUCAUUUGGGCCAAGAGGAGACUGAUUGGUUUGAGAAGCCACGGGAGGCCCGUUCUGAUCGCUCAAGACAUCAUGGAGGUGGAGGUCACUCAUCCACAGGCAGGCGUAGUAAACAAACCUACCAUGAUUACGAUGAACCUCCAGAGGAAUACUGCCCCCAGGAUGAGUACAGCCAACAGCGCCACACCUCCUCCACAACAACACGGGAUCACCGUCACCAUGGCAGCAGCUCUAGCAGACACAGCUCUUCUCGCCACACUUCAGAGGAUCCCAGGUCGUCCCGUUCCUCCAGGACACACCCCAAAGACCCAUCUGUCCGUUCUGAUGGGAGAGGCUCCUCAUCUACACAAAGAAGGGGUGGUCUAGACUCCCGUUCUAGCCAGGGAAGCCCCCGGAACUCGGGCGACUUCUCUCGAGACUCAGCCUCUGGUCAUCACCCAGGCACUGGGGGACGAAGCUCGAGACCCCAAGGAGAUCGCACAACAUCCAGAAGGCAGGAGCCCUCUGCAGCAGGGUCUAAACCACAGCAGCAGCAGCUCUCUCAGGGCCAUGCUGGGCAGCAGCCCUCUCAGGCCCAUGCCGGGCAGCAGCCCUCUCAGGGCCAUGCCGGGCAGCAGCCCUCUCAGGGCCAUGCUGGGCAGCAGCUCUCUCAAGGCCAUGCUGGGCAGCAGCUCUCUCAGGGCCAUGCUGGGCAGCAGCUCUCUCAGGGCCAUGCUGGGCAGCAGCUCUCUCAGGGCCAUGCUGGGCAGCAGCGGUCAGGUGUUCAGGGCCAGUCUGUUAGACAUUCAGGCUCUGAACCACUUGAUGGUAACCAGCAGGCCCAGCAGCAACAGCAGCAGCAACCAUCUCAGCAGCACAGCCAGACCCCUCAGAGCAGCCAGCCAACAACAACCACUGCAGGAGCUGGACCGGCACAGCAGCAGCCCAAAUCUGGCCAAGCCCCACCACAGGGACGCCAACCAGGAGUAGGGUCUGCAGCAGGGCAGCCAGCCCUCAUAGCAACAAAAAUGGAUGCUACACCUGCAGCAGCAGCAACAGGAAUUAAACCUACAACAGGAGUCACAACAGCACCUCAGCCUACCAAAAUAGCUACUCCUCCUCUUACAGGCAUUGGCUCCAAGGCCGCCCCUGUUGGGAUCGGUAGCAAACCUGUAGGUAUAGGCAGCGCUGCACCAGGACAGGCACCUGCGGAAGGGGAUAAUGUUCUCACUAAAAUCCUCCAAGGAGGGGCAGCAGAGCAGGCGGGAAAACUGGGAGAUGCUCUGACUGGCCUGGGAAAGAAGUUCACUUCAUUUUGGUGAACUAAAAAAAGAAGGAUAUGCAGAGUUGAAAUGAGAUGGAUUGGAAGCUAUGUACUUGAAAAACCUAUGAAACUGCAUUAUAUACAUUUCACAUACACAGAGGAAAUAAAGGAAGAGUGAUCCUGAGUGCAUCAAGCUGGAAUCAAAGGAUGCCUUGUCAGCACUGAAUUCCCUAGACAUGGGCACACGAUUGAAGUGAAUUAAAUGAGGGUGAUUGCUUCGUCAGCACGGUGUUACAAAACAUCAGCAGAGAGCUGAAGAGGCCUGAAAGAGGACGACAACGUUAAUAAUAAGGCUGUGGAGACGCGGGUGAGAGUGUCCCCCUUACCCUCAUCCUCCUAGAAGGCCUUCUGGGAUCUGUGUGAGAGUAAAAGGCCCGCUAACUAAGUGCUCCUUGAUAUUAUAUGAGAAAUUCAGCGUGUUUGGCCAUGCAUGUAUCUUUUUUCAAACAGCUCAAUAAAGGAAGCCUCUCAGCGCCCUCUAUUGGAAUUUUAAUGGAACACUACUCAUGUCUGGGGAAUACAAAUCUGGCAAGGAUAUUUUAUUCUACAUUGAUGUCAUCCCGGCCUUUUCAUGCAAAACACAGUUGAAAAAAAGAAGACAGAUUUUCAUAGGUUUUUCUUGUAUCAAAGAUCUUAUAUCCACAAUGGUGUCACAUACCUGGAGUAGACGAGGUGUAUCAUGGCAAUGACAACCAACCUGAGGACUCCAAUACAAUCCUUGAAUACUUGGUUUCUCUAAUCUCUACAGUACAUUCCAGUAAAGGGAAUUUUACCCUUUCUUUGAAUGUGUUUUUAUUUCUCCUCUUUUUGUUUUAAUGUCUACAGAAUGCAUUGUGUAAAUGUGGACACGCGAAUGCACACACAAAAUUAUUUGAAAAACUGAAAAAAGAAGCAUUUGAAUACUUUACCACCACCUUUGAGAUGCCACUAGUCAUCAGCUGUAGUUUUUUAGGGAAAGAAAGUACUACCAGUGUGCCCACAAAUGUGAGAUUCACACAGAUGAGAGGACCAAAUGAAAGAGUGGCCACGGCUUGAUUAGCCAUCGCAAAGCCAUUAUUAUAGUCAGCUCAACACUCUGGGGCUGACUAUAAAAAGGAUAAAGCCCCAGAGAGGGCUUUAUCCUUUUUAUUGAUUUGUCUCAUCUUUUAGUUUCUUUUCAUUUUUGCCUGAUAUUCACUGAAUGAAAGAGCCUUAUUCAGUACAUGAUUUCACUUGUAUACCUCAUAUGUUUUAAAAUGUCCAUGUCAUAAUGCAUUCUUUUUACACAACUGUAUACUAUUGUAUGUACAUAAAACAAAUCAGAGAUCUAAUUAUGUAAAUCUUUCAUUUGUGUAUUUAUGGACUCACUUUCCAGUGUUUUUUUGUUCUGUGUUUUUCUUUGGUAAAACUUUAUAUUUUUCACUUUUUAUUUGUUUGAAUCUGUUUUCUUGCAUCAAAUAAUUUGCUUGUUGAUUUUUUAAAAGCAAUAGCAUGCAGAAAAUGGUAUAUAGCACAAUCGUAUAAAUGUUGUUUAAAUUAGUGAUGGGAAAUAUCAAACACUUAUGUCAAUAAAUAGCUGUAAUACAAUUUAUCAGCGGGUUUACAAACACAGUACCGUGUUCAGACGUGCAUGUUAUGUGCAGAUGCAUAAGAGCAUGCAAACAGGUACGAACACACUCACACAGACUCUCCCUAUCUCUCUGCAACCACCCACACACGCACAUGCACACGCACAGGCAUAGGCACACACAUUUUACACAUCACACACUUUACAUCAUAGUUACAUUUCAAAGCCAACAAGGUUAAUUGUGUUCUCCACAGAAUAGACCUGUUAACCUCCUGCUAAUUAAUGAGGUUACCAAUUUACUAAUAAGAUGAACUCACUAACAAGUUGGGCCCACUGCCUCUAAUUGUACA